UCUUAACUAGUAAAAUUAUGUGGAAAAGAAAAGAAUAUCACAUAAUGACCUACCCCAUGUGUCAGCUACGGUUGAUGGCAUAAUUCAAUUAGCAAACAAUUUUUUUACUAUCCUCGCUAAAAGAAUUUAUGUGAUGUAAGUGAGAAGAAUAGCCAAAUAUUUUUAAUUUAAUUUAAGUUGGUUCUUUACAGUUAAACAACUUGAAGCUAGUGAUAUAGUUUCCAAUAACAUGCAUGCAGAGCCGAACAAUUCAUGUAAGAAGAGUAAACCUACAUUCAAGCAAUCAACAGAUAUGAAGAGAAGUAAAGAAACAAUAUCACACAAAAAGUCUCAUCUGAAUCAUAAUAAUGGAGCAACACACAAUCAAUCUACUGGUUCAAAGGAACAUAAUACAAUUUGUAUAAAUGAAAUGUCUGACUCCAAAAGUCUUAGCGGAAAAAUAUCUACUCAAAGCAGUGUUUUAAACUCACAUAAAAGUGAUGAAACAGAUGUAAAACAUUUUUCAUGUAAUAUUUGUGGUAAGGUUUUCAAUACAAAUACUAAUUUGAAGGUCCACAUAAGGAGACAUACUGGUGAAAAACCCUAUUCAUGCAAUAUUUGUGGCAGGAGUUUCGGUAGAUCUUUUCAUUUAAAGAACCAUAUCAGAAUACAUACCGGUGAAAAACCUUUCUCAUGUGAUGUUUGUGAUAAGAGUUUUAAUGCAUCAUCUACUCUGACAAUUCAUAAAAGAAUACAUACUGGUGAAAAGCCUUAUUCAUGCAACAUUUGUGGUAAGAGUUUCAAUAGAUCCGGCACUUUGCUCUUACAUAAACAAAUACAUACCGGUGAAAAACCUCAUUCAUGUUAUAUUUGUGGAAAAAGUUUCAAUCAAAUUGGUCAUUUAAAGGGGCACAUUAGUAUACAUAAUGGUGAAAAACCUUUUUCAUGCCAUAUUUGCGGUGAGAGUUUCAAUCAAUCUGGUAGUUUAAAGUAUCACAUAAAAAAACAUACCGGUGAUAAACCUUACUCAUGUAGUGUUUGUGGUAAGAGUUUCAUUUUAGCUGGUACUUUGAAGAAGCAUGAGAAAAUCCACACCCGUUAAAAAUAGAUAUCCAUGCUACAUUUGUGUGCUAAAAUUUUAUGAAAAAGAAGCUUUCCCUCCAUUAGGGUAUUUUUCCACAAGAUCUGAAUGCUCCAUUAUACAUCCUGUACAUAAUAAAGAGGUUGUGAAUAAUUAUCGGCUAAUCUCCACUCUAAUUGUUGUCUAUGAAAUAUUAGAAAAAACUAUAAAUACUAAAGGUAAUAAUAAAACUCUAUGCAUAUUUCUGGACUUUAAAAGGCUUUUGACACCAUUCCUAUGCUCAUACUUUUGCGUUAAAUUGAAAAAAUGGGCAUAAGAUGUAAUUAAAAUUAAUGACUAAUUAUGUACAUUCUAUAUAAUCAGACUCGAAGUGUUUAAAUUUACAAUGACAUUUUUGGUUGUGUUGAAUAGUCAAGCAUUCCCCAGAGUAGUGUUCUUGGACCCACACUAUUGUUAUGGAUAUAAACAACCUUACAAACUUGAAACUAAUAUUCUAUUCUAUUCUUUAUAUUAUGGCUUUUGUGGAAAGGUCAACAAAACUGAGCCAAUGUCAGGUUGAGGUAGGCUACCAAGUAAUGAGUAAAGGUACAGUGUUGAAGAGCAUUCCAGUUUUUAUGGUUAUGAUCAGUGUUUAUAUACAACAAUUAUUUUAUGUUAAAUUUGAAAGAAAUACACCAGCUAUUAUUAGUAAAAUUACAAAAUGACUUUAAAAAAAACACACACAGACAUCUUACAAUAUAUAAAUAUUAAUGUAUUAAGAAUGUUAUUUAAAACUUUUUCUUAUUUUUCUAAUAUAUUUGUAUAAAAUAUUUACAAAUGGUGUAAACGCCAGGGAAAGGACUUAAAUGAAGUAGGACUGGGAAAUUCAGGAGGUAUAAAAUUGUAUUGGGAUCAAUGCAAUAAAGGACAACUAAAGAAUAUAUGGUCCACAUUUCCCUCAUCUAGGCCACAAUCACACAGAGAGUGAUCCACACACAGACAUUGAGGGAGAUAGUAUAAAUUUGUGUUGUAAAACACUUGAUUGCUAAAAAACCAAAACCUUUUUAAAUUUAUAAAAUUAAAAUAAGUGUUAAUGGGUGUUUUAAUACUUAUAAGAUAAUUUUGGUCACUAAUUUGAUUUUAGAAUAGAUAAAAACAAAUUAUUGUAUUAAUGUAUUGCCUUAGUUUAUAGUCACAGUGGACAAUCCCGUAUACAAUAUAACGUGUUGAAGAUGCUACAUGAAUUGUUUGUAAGUUUAGUGCACUCAACACAAAUAUAAAAAUUUUGUUAAUAAUAAGUAGUUUAGGUAAUAAUAAUAUUUUGUAAGUUUUCGAUAAGUUAAUUUCAUUUCGUUUUCACAAUAUGUCAGCAUUUAUAUUCGAUGUACAGAUAGGUCUUUCCUAUUACAUGUUCUGCAAACUGAAAACGAAAGACCUUCAACUUGUAUGUAACUAGAAUAGGCUAAAUUGCAUUUAUAAUAAUAAAUAUAAGUAAUAUGUAACAGCAACUGAAUAAAAUAUGGAAGAAAGAA